AUGCCGGGAUUUGCAGUCCGUUGCCGCCUGAUAGCCCAGAGUUGUGCCUGUGCGUGACUACAUGUCCCAGCAGCCCCAGAUACGCCGCUCUCUCCGUGCCCCGGCCGCUGUGUUCCCGGCAGAGGGGGGGUACUGUGGUCGUGCACAGGAUCAUCCUUAUCGGCUUCAGAAGAUGAACUGACCGGGUUCGUUGGUAAACGAUGUUCGGGAGGUCGAAGAGCUGGGUGAGCGGCUCCGGUCGGUCAGGCUCCAGCGUCCACUCCCUGGACCGGCUGAAGUAUAUGUAUCAUGUUCUAACAAAAAACACCACAGUCACAGACCUUAAUCGCAAUUUACUAGUGGAAACCAUUCGUUCCAUCACAGAAAUUCUUAUCUGGGGGGACCAGAAUGACAGCUCAGUCUUUGACUUCUUUCUGGAGAAAAACAUGUUUGUUUUCUUCUUGAACAUCCUACGGCAGAAGUCUGGGCGCUACGUCUGCGGGCAGCUUCUUCAGACAUUGAACAUGCUGUUUGAGAAUAUUAAUCAUGAGACGUCUUUAUAUUAUUUACUUUCCAAUAAUCAUGUGAAUUCCAUCAUUGUCCACAAAUUUGAUUUUUCUGAUGAAGAGAUUAUGGGUUACUACAUCUGCUUUCUGAAAACUCUGUCUGUGAAACUCAACAGUCACACUGUUCAUUUUUUUUACAAUGAGCAUACCAAUGACUUUGCGCUUUACACUGAGGCUAUCAAGUUCUUUAAUCAUCCUGAACACAUGGUCCGAGUGGCAGUGCGGAACAUAACUUUAAAUAUUUACAAAGUUAACAAUCAGCCAAUGCUACAUUAUAUUAGAGAUAAAACAGCAGUGCCGUAUUUCUCCAAUUUGGUCUGGUUCAUUGGGAUCCAUGUUAUCGAGCUUGAUAAAUGCGUUCAGACAGAUGAAGAACACAAAAACCGGGGAAGUCUCAGCAAUUUAGUAUCACAACACCUGGAUCACUUGAAUUAUCUCAACGAUAUUCUCAUUAUCAACUGUGAGUUUCUUAAUGAUGUCCUGACAGACCAUCUACUCAACAGACUACUUCUCCCUCUCUAUGUCUACUCACUGGUGAACCAGGAUCAGCCAACAGAUCGGCCAAGAAUAACUCCUCAAGUUUCCCUAUAUCUGUUGUCUCAGGUCUUUUUAACAAUACACUACGCACCUUUGGUGAACUCUUUGGCUGACGUCAUUUUAAAUGGCGACCUCUCCAUGUUUUCCUCUAAACCAGAGCACCAUGUUCAGCGGAGUACCGAGGAAUCCAACAUUAGGUGUUUUAUAAAGCCACAGGAAUCCCUAGAAAAAUCCCUUGAAAUUAAUCGUCAGAAAGGCACAAAAAAGAUUCAGAAAAGGCCAAAUUAUAAAAAUGUUGGGGAAGAAGAAGAAGAGGACAAGGUCCCUGAUGGCCAAGAAGAUCCUGAUAAGGCUAAAUCUACAGAGAGUGGCUUAAAAGGGAUUAAGGCAAGCGCUGAGACUGAAGAAAUAGAGAUGGUGAUUAUGGAAAGAUCGAAAGCAGCAGAAAAAUCUUUGUCCAUGGUAAAGGAAGAGAACACAACAGAUGAAGAGAAGAGUGCAGCAGCUGCUGGUGCAAUAACCAGUGCGAUCAGACCCUUCCUUGAUAUGGUGUACAGUACACUGGAAUGUUCAGAUGAUGAUUACUACACUCUGUUUGUCUUAUGCCUUCUUUAUGCCAUGUCUCAUAAUAAUGGAAUAGAGCCUGCUAAAUUGGAAAACAUACAGUUGUCCUUGCAUCCAGCAAAAGAAAAUCGCACCUACAACCAUGUGUUAGUAGAAAGAUUAAUAAGGAUAAUGAACCAAGCAGCGCAUCCAGAUGGCAAAGUACGUUUGGCUCCCUUGGAACUUGCAUGUAUUCUUCUGAAGCAGUUAGUUCUAAUUGAUGGUGACUGCAUAAUAAAAGAUGUACAUCUAGCCUGCUUGGAGGGUGCAAGAGAAGAAAGUGUUCAUCUACUGCGCCACUUCUACAAGGGAGAGGAAAUUUUCUUGGAUAUGUUUGAAGAUGAAUACAGGAGCAUGAUGAGCAAACCACUGAACGUAGAAUACUUGAUGAUGGAUGAAUCUAUUUUGCUGCCUCCAACUGGAACCCCGCUGACUGGCAUAGAUUUUGUAAAGCGCCUGCCUUGCGGAGAUGUGGAAAGAACACGAAGAGCAAUUAGAGUAUUCUUUAUGUUAAGAUCACUGUCACUACAGCUGCGGAAAGAGCCAGAGACGCAGCUACCUUUGACCCGAGAAGAGGACCUCAUAAAGACAGAUGAUGUUCUCGACCUCAAUAACAGUGAUUUAAUAGCUUGCACGGUAAUAACCAAGGAAGGAGACCAGGUGCAGAGAUUUUUGGCCGUGGACAUCUAUCAGAUGAGCUUGGUGGAGCCGGACAGUAAACGACUUGGUUGGGGAGUUGUGAAGUUUGCUGGUUUAUUACAGGAUAUGCAAGUAACUGGUGUAGAAGAUGACAGUAGAGCACUGAAUAUAACAAUCCACAAACCAGCAUCAACUCCGCACUCAAAGCCAUACCCCAUCCUUCAAGCAACAUUCAUCUUCUCAGACCACAUCCGCUGUAUCAUAGCCAAACAAAGACUGGCUAAAGGGCGCAUUCAGGCACGACGGAUGAAGAUGCAAAGGAUAGCUGCUCUUCUAGAUCUUCCAGUCCAGCCAUCUAAAGAAGUGGUGGGUUUUGGACAUAGCUCUUCAUCAGCAGCUCAGCAUCUACCCUUCCGGUUUUAUGAACAAUCACGUCGCGUCGGGAGUGAUCAAGCAGUGCAGCGCUCUGUCUUUGCAUCAGUUGACAAGGUCCCAGGUUUUGCUGUGGCCCAGUGCAUAAACCAGCACAGUGCAUCACCAGCUUCUUCCCCAUCACCUCCUUCAAGCGGCAGCUCCAGUGGAAGUACCGGGCCUUGUGAUUCUGUCACCACCAGUUUGACGUCCACUCCCUCUACAGUUCAGAGUCCAUCAGGUCUGGCAGGAAAGGAAGACGGCGAGUGUUUAGUCUGUCGGAGGCAGACAGUCAUGGAGGACACUGGGUUUAGGCCCUCGAACGGCAACUGCCUCAAUGACUCUUCCAUUCCUGACCAACCUGCAAUGACCAUUUACAGUCAGACGGAGUCCACCGAUGGGACUCAGCCAACAGUCUCCAGAACUAGAAAGAGUUCCUUACGUAAGCCAGACAGUGAAGUAACCACUUUGGCCCCCAGCCUGACUCCAGCACCCCAGCCAACAAUCUCUUUAAUAUCUGAUGAUAACACUGACGCUCUCAGCGUGGAAUCCCUUACUCUGGUCCUUCCUGUUGAUCCCCACAGUAUUCACACGAUCAGUUGUAUUUUGGAAGCUCCAAUGCACUCUGAAAACGAUAUCCAGACAGGAGACGAAAGUGCUGAGCUCAGUGGUACUGCAAAUGCUGAUCUGGCAGGAGCUGAAGGGCAGUGACAAUGGAAAUAAAUUCACAUCUGUUUUAUGAUGUAAUGUGGAAAGCCAUAUUAGCAGCAACAUUGAACAUGACACGCCUAUAUCCAAAUAAACCAGGACUUCCAAAUCUGGUGUGUUCUCUUGGCCUGAGAAAUACCAAUGGAUAAUCCCGAGUAUCAUCCCAUUAUUAUCACAUCCACGCUUUCUCUAACGUUCAAUACGCACAUUAAUGUAUAAGAGCUACAGGCCUGCUACUGUAAAUACUGUACACACGUUUCAUGUGCUAACAUGACAUGAUUUUUUGUAACAACGAAUAGUGGGAUAGACUGUUAUGAAACCACUGCAGUGUAAAUGAAUAUACAUUCUCUGUUACUUUUUUAUCAUAUUUUGGUUUUGGUAGUGAUUGCCUCUCUUUAGAUCAGAUACCUAAUUAUAUUAUACCAAACAAUUUAAUUAUUUUCUCCAUGUCAUGCGACUACUGUAUGUGAGACAGCAAGAAUAUUUUGCACUAUUUGGCACUUUAGAGCAUUUAUUUACACUGUCUAUGCUGUUAUUUUGUCUUUUUAGCUGUAGUAGUAAUAGACUAUUAUUUUUGCUAUUCUGCCAUUUAAGUGAUGGCAUUCUCAUGUUGCUAUAGCAACUGCUACUGGAUAAAGGGUACCAACUGGCUCUGGUAUAGUGUUCCUGCUGCAUUACUCAACUCUGCUUUUAAAAUACAUCACAGUUUCAAGUAAGUUAUUAUGGGCACUGAGUUUUGUCUGUCACAUUUUUCUGGUUCCAUGUAUGUUCAACAUUUAACAUAGCUGUUUCUGAGAUUACAGUCUGUUUCUUUGCUUAUAAAAUAAACACACGUCAGUAAAUGUACAUUAAUUCAGAGGGUUGUUUAGUUUCCAAAUCACACUUUAUUAAUUUAAAACUAUCAAUAUUGUACAGUGAAGUCCUGCAACUCCUUGUCAGAUGACUGACCCGGAUGUUAAAUAAAAUGAGUAUAAUACUGUGGUAAAAGUGA